AUGGCUUCUCGUAUCUUCUCUACUGCCCUCCGUGGUGCUGCUCGUGCUUCUCGUCCUAUGAUGGCCAAACCUUUGGUGUCUGCUGCUUUAAGACAAACUGCCAUUAAGGCUUCUGUCAUGCCCACUGUCCAAACUCGCGGUAUGAAAACCUUGAACUUUGGUGGUACUGAUGAAGUUGUUUAUGAACGUUCUGACGUUCCCAAGGAAAAGUUGCUUGAAACUUUCAAGGAUGAUACUAUUGCUGUGCUCGGUUAUGGUCCUCAAGGUCGUGGUCAAGCUCUCAACUUGCGUGAUAAUGGUGUGAAUGUGAUCCUUGGUCAACGUGAAGGCAAGACUUAUCAACAAGCUAUUGAAGAAGGUUGGGUACCUGGUAAGAACUUGUUCCCUCUUUUGGAAGCUGUUGAUCGUGGUACUGUUGUCAUGAAUUUGUUGUCUGAUGCUUAUCAAAAGGAAAUCUGGCCUGAAAUGAAGCCCUUGUUGACUCCUGGCAAGACUCUUUACUUCUCUCAUGGUUUCUCCAUUGUUUACAAGGAUCAAACUAAUAUUGUCCCUCCCAAAGAUAUUGAUGUUGUGUUGGUUGCUCCCAAGGGUUCCGGAUUCACUGUCCGUCGUCUUUUCCAAGAAGGUCGUGGUAUCAAUGGUUCCUUUGCUGUUUAUCAAGAUGCUAGUGGAAAGGCCAAAGAACGUACUAUUGCUCUUGGUGUAGGUGUUGGUACUGGUUAUUUGUAUGAAACCACCUUUGAAAAGGAAGUGUACUCUGAUUUAUUCGGUGAACGUGGUGUAUUGAUGGGUGCUAUUCAAGGUCUUUUCCAAGCUCAAUAUGAAGUUCUCCGUGCCAAUGGUCACUCUCCCUCUGAAGCCUUUAAUGAAACCGUCGAAGAAGCUACUCAAUCACUUUAUCCCUUGAUUGGUGAACGUGGUAUGGACUGGAUGUACUCUAACUGUUCUACUACUGCUCAACGUGGUGCUCUUGAUUGGUGGCGUCCUUUCCACAAGGCUUCCAAGCCUGUGUUUGAACAACUUUAUCAAUCUGUCCGUGAUGGUUCCGAAACUGCUCGUUCUUUGGAUCGUAACUCUCAACCUGAUUACCGUGAAAAGUUGGAAGAAGAACUCCGUGAAAUCCGUGAAUCUGAAAUCUGGAGAGCUGGCCAAACUGUCCGUCAAUUACGUCCUGAAAAUGCUGGCAAGAACUAA